AUGGUAUCUCACAUGUCAAGAUUGAUUCGAGAUCCUCAGGGAACAUAUGUAUAUUUGGGGCCAUCCGCCAAUCUUUCGGUGGUACAAAGCUUACGGAAGAUCAUUCACGGUACACUCGGGACAGGCUACUUCAAGGACGUAUCCGCGGAGAACGACCUUGUCGACGAUAUCCCUGCAGAGUCAGUGAACCGAAACGAAACGUCCAUGGAGCCCACGCGACCAUCGAUACCCGAUACUCGUUAUUACCUCCGGUGGUAUGCAAGCGCGACGAGCGAUGUCUUUGAUCUCUUCGGGUAUGAAGAAUUGAUAACAGAGAUGAUCCCCUGGCUAGAGCGAGCUCCCUCUACCGAUUCCAGCACUUGCAUCAACUUUCUUGUCCUUGCCAUCGGUGCCCAGUGUGGGCCUGAGAGCCGUGAUGAGGUGACAGCCGCGUACUUCAAUUAUGCUCGUUAUCUGUCAUCAUUGAAUUUCAUGGAAACAGCGACCAUUGCCACAGUCCAAAUUCAUUGCCUGAUUACUACGUAUCUUCUAAAUGCAGCACGUCCUCAUGCGGCUAGUACGAAUCUCGGACUGGCUAUCCGCGCUGCCUACUCCUUGGGAAUUCAUCGAGCAGAUAUUAAUGGUCUUUUCCCAACAAUGGAGAGCUUCAAGCGCGAGCGCAUCUGGAAGGUGUUGAGAGUACAGGAUCUCUUUUUGAGCUCAACCUUGGGUCAUCACCCAUCGACUACGGAGACUCGUGAUACCACAUCACAAAAGGGGUAUUCAGCUUCAACCGACCUGUGUCUCAUAUUCGAGAAGAUUCUGUCCCAAGUCUACUCAAAGCAGGAGGUGUCUCCCGCUGUACUGCAAAAUGUCAGCAAACACCAUCGGGAAUGGGCUUGUCAUUUCAGAGAAGGCCACACAGUAGAUCACAUCCCCACCGAGGAGUAUGUGAGCAGUGGAAGUGGGAGGGGAAAGCUCAGCAUUGGACUCUGCCAUAUCAAAGCAGCUUACUACUGGACAAUCAUGUUGGUGACUCGCCCUUAUUUGAUCGAUCUGGUUGAACGGCACUUGGCCUCCGAUACGGUGAAUACACCGCCAUCAAGCAUCGGUAAUGAUAAUCCACCAAUAGGGCAGCCAGCUGAUACUCUGCUCGCGCAUGCAUCAGUAAACUCGGCCGUAUUGACAGUCGACCUCCUAAGUUGCUUACUGGACGUCGAUGAAAUACCAAAACGACUACCUUAUGUUGUUAACUCAGUCUUAAACUCUGCUCUUGUGCUGGGAAUAGCCUAUUUUGCGGAUCUAGAUCGUCUCUUUCCUCUAGCUAAUGCCAUGGAGACAGCACUGAGGCUACUAGACCGCUUUCAAAAGAAUGAUGCGCUGGCACGAUGGAGUCUCCUGAUUAUACGAGAUCUUCACAAUUCGUGCAAUCAAUUUGUUGAAAGACGGCGUUACCGUCAUCUGAGACAGCAAGAGGCGUUGGUGGAGGGCCUUUUUGGUCAUUUAAACCCCAUGCGUCACCAGGAUCAUCCUGUUACCCCCUCCCGAUCUCCGUUAUGCACGCCACAGGGCUGGGAUAACGGCUCGGACGUGGGAGACUUAGAUGGCAUGAUACAGGCUCAGCUUUCGGAGGUUCCCGGUGAGUCACUGACCAACGACGUCAAUGCCAUCUGGGAUCAACUAUUCUGCGGUUCAAUUUCGGGCUCACAGUUGGAGUUGGAUUCUGACCCUGGGGGGGCCCGGUCGAAUGACUGUAGAAACUAUCAACCCCUAUCGAUGGAUCCUGAUCAAAUCUAUUAA